AUGGCAGAUAAGAAAAUUAUUAUCGAUUUUGGAUCAGGUUGGACAAAAUGUGGUUUUGAAGGUGAAGUAACACCAAGUGUAGAAUGUUUAACAAUUGUUGGACAUCCGAAUAAACAAGGUGAUACAAAAUUGUUUUAUGGUAAAGAAGCAGUUGCAAGAUUUAGUACAUCAAAAUUAGUGUAUCCAAUAAAGAAUGGUAUAGUUUGUAAUUGGGAAGAUAUGGAAAAGUUUAUAGAGAAUACAUUUUAUUAUAAAUUAAGAGUUGAACCACAAUAUCAUUCGGUAUUACUAACAGAAACAACAAUGAAUACUAAAGAGAAUAGAAAUAAAAUGGCAGAGAUUAUGUUUGAAACUUAUGAUAUACCAUCAAUUAAAAUUGAAAAUCAACAAAAGUUAUCAUUUGAUCAUUUAUCAACAGGUACUAAAAACGGUACAAUAGUUGAUAUGGGUGAUGACUCAAUUAAUAUAGUGCCAUUUGUUGAUGGUCAACCAGUGACUGAUGCCGUUGUUACACUUGAUUUCGGUGGUCGUAAUUUAACAGGUUAUUUGGCCGCUUUGUUAUUCCAAAAUGGUUAUAGUUUCUCAACAGUUGCUGAUCACCAAAUUGUACGUCAAAUUAAAGAGAAACAUUCUUUCAUUGAAUUGGAUUAUGAAAAACCUUCAAAUACUAAAAAACAAUCAUUUUCUUAUCCUGGUUCAUCUGAUAUUCAAAUUGAUGCUCGUUAUUUAUACGGUUGUCCUGAACCACUUUUUAGACCUUCACUAGUUGGUUUUGAUUCUUCUGAUAGUCUUUGUAAUUCAACUUAUUCUUCAAUUAUGAAAUGUGAUCAGUCAGUUCAACAAUCAUUAUUUUCAAAUAUAAUUUUAACAGGUGGUUCUUCAAUGUUUACUGGAAUUAAAGAACGUCUUGAAUUGGAAAUUUCAAAAAUUAAUACUACCAGCAAUAAAAUUAAUAUAAUAUGUUCAAAAGAUCGUAAAAAUUCAAAUUGGUUAGGUGCUUCAAAAUCAAUUACUUCAACUGAUAAUUGGGUUUCAAAAGAAAAAUUUACUGAAAAGGGUACUUUUUAA